AGUUGCUUUCAAAGUGUUGACAAGACCAGUUGGCUGCCGCCUUUCAUUCCAGUUAAAUUAAACAAACCCAAAAAAAAAAAAAGAAAUGGCAUCAUUCGUCGGCAAGAAAUACAAGCUGGAGAAGUCCGAGAACUUUGAUGAUUACAUGAAGGAAUUGGGCGUUGGCCUGGUCCUGCGCAAAAUGGGCAACAGCAUCAGCCCCACCGUGGAGGUGACUCUUGAGGGUGAUACCUACACUCUGACCACCACAUCCACCUUCAAGACCUCGGCCAUCAGCUUCAAGCUGGGCGAGGAGUUCGAUGAGGAGACUCUGGAUGGUCGUCAAGUGAAGAGCGUUAUCACUUUGGAUGGCAACAAGUUGGUGCAAGAGCAGAAGGGCGAUAAGCCAACAACCAUUGUGCGCGAGUUCACCGACUCUGAGUUGACCACCACUCUAACCAUUGGCAGUGUGAAGAGCGUUCGUGUCUACAAGGCUGUUUAAGACCAUUUCCUUAAACUCUACUGCCCCAAACGUCCGUUUCCCAUGACUGAGCUAAUCUAUGUAUAAAUCAUACAACACUAUUUUUGCAUUAACAACAGAAACUAACCCAGUUUUCCUACAUACAUAUAUCUAUCUAUUGUUAUUGAUUAACAACAGAAACUGCACACACACACACUCUUAACUCUAAUGUUAAUUUAUAUUAAAUACGAAAAAGACAAUUAUGUGCAUACACAGAAUUAUUGUGUACGAAAGAAAAGAAAAAAAAAAAAAAAUAAUGAUAUAUAUUGAAAUUUCCAAAAAAUGCAUUUGAAUAAAUGAAAUAUGAUGUGCUUUAAUUA